AUGAAAGCCCAUCAGCCUUGGUUUCCACGCGAUGACAGUACUGAUUAUGCCUCCCUACGCCAUGGUGAUGCACAAUCCGACAAGAGUGCUUGCUCAACAGGACCACUGCCAACACUCAGUCAACCACGCCAAACACAUUUGAGAAAGCUACCGGUCUUCGGCUGUUUCUCUGGACCUGCGGAAAGCCCUGACGGUUCUGGGAAUGGUUUCGGAAAAGAGGAGGAUGCGUCCAGGACAUUAUCCUCCUCGCCAGCGUCGAGUAUUCCUGAUAUUGUCGCGUCAGAGCGCAAGCCAGGAGAGAAUUCUUGCUCCUCGCUCACACAAUCUGAACAUGCUCUGGCUGUUUCUGGGCACGGGCCACCACCACCACCACCAACAGCAAACUCUGCCGCAUCUGCGUGGACGGACGAGCAGUCUGUCAAGACUAUUGCAGUGGACAAGAUCCGACGAGGGGAGCGCCUUGACGAGGGCCUUGAGAAUAUUGCUGCUGGAUUGCCCGCAGAAUCUGUUGCUGCUGCGUCUGCGUGCAGCCUGAUCCAGACGUUUCCGUCGACCGAGCAUCUGGAACGCCGAGUCUUUGUUCCAUCGGCUCGACAGCCAGGUCCUCACGAACCUGUGGUUCGACCACAAAGAACCUACACAUCCCCCGACCAAAUCAUCGGUCCCGGAGCGGCGCCGCAAACUGUGAUUCCUCUAAAUACGGACCAGAGCUCCUUUCCAUCGCCUCGCCAGGUCGUGCUGUCUCCACCAUGGGAGUCCUCGUCUCCAGGACCCGCUGUCGCAGGUCCUCGUAGGUCCGCCUCCUGCCAGAGUAUACGAAGUCGUCGCCGUGGCCCUAGAUCGAUACGAUCAUGCAGUCCGACAUUGCAGUCAAGAAUACCCUUGGUUUAUUCGAUUGACUCCGACCACGCUCGCAACGAUUGUCAAGUUACAACAACACCACGAACGGAAUCCAUUCUAUCUACUAUUACGACCACCGACAAUAACAACAAGUCCACCGCUUCCAAGAUGUCGAGCUACACCAUGACCUACUCCCCAACCUUCCCCCACCGCCGCCUCAUCCUGUCGCCGAAGAUGACGGUGCCCGCCUCGACGCCACCACCACCGCCGGCGCAAGACAUUCACAUGACACACUCUCGCAGUUUGAUGGAAGAGGCAGACUUCAACAUUGAUGACAUCCUGUCGGCGCUCCUCAUCCCCAUCCGAGAAGAGGAACCUACUCCGCCGCCAUCAGCAUUGUAUAGUAGUGACGGCCGAAGCUCCAGCAUGGACAUCUCCAACACCAGCAACGAGGACAGCGACGACGACGACGACGAAGAAGAAGAAGAAGAAGAAGAAGGAGAAGAGAAAGAAAAAGAAUGCGGUGUCCGGGUCCACAACGACCCAUUCAUUUCCAUCAUCUACCCAGGCCGGGGCGAAGUUCCGGAGCGCCUCCGGGAGCCCAAGAACAAGCUGCUCGCCGCGCUAGUGGAGGAGAGCCAUCCGUGCGACGACGAGGACGACGCCGGGGCCGAGGCCAAGGACGCCGAAGAACAAGACUUCGCCGACACCGACUUCGUCACGGUGGCCCGGGCCGACCACCACAGCUACGUGCAAAUGGCGUCGCUGUGCCGGGCACACCGCGCCUCCAUGCCCUGCGAAAAGGGGAAAUCCGAGCGCGAGAUCGACCACCAGGGCCCGCUGCGCCAACGACGGGUGACUCACCAGUGGCAAACUGACAACAACCUUGGGAGCCACUGGGUCGACGUCGCGGCCGAGGGACUGUCGGCCGGCAGAGCCAACAAGUUUGGCGCCGUCGGGCAGCAGGUGACCAGUGGCGCGGUGCCUCCCCCGGUCCCCGUCAUCCGGGACGACGAGAAAGCCGUCUGGACGCCCAGGGGGUGGAAGGUCGUGCCGCGCGUUGGGCCCGGGAGCCUCGUGCACCAGCUGCCCAAGCCGUGGACGACAGAGAAGCAGUUCGGCUUUUAG